AUGGACAGUUCACAAGGUCACGCGUGUUCACCUGCUCAUACUCCUUCAGCUGGCAAUACAAGUUCACUUGCUCACAUAUCUGUAGCUGCUGAAACCAUAUCACCAGCUCGAUCAGCUGUAGGUUCUGAUAUGAAAUGUUCAUUGGUGAACAUCAAUGGUGAUACUAUUGCUGUUGGUAGACUUUGUACGGGUGAAUCAGCAAAAACGGCUCACGGCUCACCUGUAACGUCUAAUCAUGCGAAGGUAGUGCUUGAUCUCAUUCUCAUGCCAGAUGAAUUGACAAUAAAUGUUUACAGGUUUGGGCGCACCUUUCAAGAUGUUGGAAUUGGAGGUUUCGUGCCACCUGGGGUAUAUCAAUCCCUGAUAAGUUCAUUUGGUUAUGCUUGGAGCCCAUUUUUGCUAAAAUUUGUUGAUAUUAACCUUUGGAUUUCACUUUCUUUCGAGGUAUUACACUUACUGAUCUUUUUGCUGCCGGAUUAUGCCGUUGACGACCUUUCUCUGUCUAAAGGUCCAAUCAAUCUAAGUGGUUAUGAAGCUGCAGUUAGGAAUGGUGAAAUGAAGCUGUGUGUGCUUGCUGUUGGUAAGGAAUUAGUUACGUUUAGCUUGCAGCCUCUUUUGGAGUCACCAGCAAUAUCAAACGCUGGGAGGCAUUUGUCAGCAGCUGAGUUUCAUUCGGUUCUUCAUGGUGCUGUAAAUAAUUUGGAGAGUGAGGUUCAAUCUGGGGGUAAACCACUUAUUCUGUUAGAUGUAAGGAAUGUAUAUGAAACAAGAAUUGGGAAGUUUGAAACCUCCACUGUAGAAACUCUUGAUCCAGAAAUUAGGCAAUAUAGUGAUCUACCUUCUUGGAUCGACAGUCAUGCAGAGCAGUUGCAAGGCAAAUCCGGUCUCAUGUAUUGCACUGGUGGAAUAAGAUGCGAGAUGGCAUCAGCCUAUAUUAGAUCCAAAGGUCAUGGUUUAGAAAACGUCUUCCAGGUUGGCAUUGCAGGUGCAGUUGGAUACAAAGAAGCUAGUGGUGCUGGUCAAGAUGAAGUUGCAGCUGCAGGUGGACUGGUUGGCCUGGGAUGCAGUAGCAAGUUGCAGGGACUGAGCUGUUGAGUAGAACUGGAGUUGUGUUUGAAAUGCAGUUAGGAGAUUAAGAUUGAAAGUCAUGAGCAGAUGCUGUUUGAGACUGUGGUGCUGAGAAGAUGAUAACAUGUGGUGAACAAAAUGAAUGGAAACUUGGUCCAGUGGAGCUAGUUAAGGUAUGCGAGAACCAUCCUCAGGGAGUUAGAUUUAAAGAUAUCAAGGAUGCUCACAAAUGUAUAGAGCUAAUGAAUGUAAGAUGGUAAGUACUGCAACACUUUUGUGUCCGAAAUUCUUUUUAUCAUCAUAGUUGUUAGAGUUCGACACUAAACGAAGUUAGUCUUAUUGAAAUCAAGAGUAACUGAUAUGUAUACCAUGCAUUUGUAGAUGAACAUAUAGUUGUUUUCUUCUCUUCUUUUGUAAUUUUCUUAAAUGUUGUUCGUAUGUAUUA